AUGCCUACCAGUUUUCUCGCCUUUCCGGGUGAAAUUCGGUGGAAGAUCUACAAGCACCUCUUGGUGCUCGACGUACCCAUUGAGCCCUAUGUGUGCAGGUCUCUUAGGCUACGACGCAGGCUGAGGAUUCUCCGCACGAACAAGAAGGUCUACCGCGAAGCCAGCAAGCUGUUCUAUUCCCGGAACCGCUUCGCCUUUGUCAACUGCGCUCCUGACUGGAUCAGCCUAUUUCUGAAACAAAUCGGCUGCACAAACGCAAGCUAUAUCCAAGACAUCUGUUUGCCUACCCUUCAUAUUAGCUACGAUAAGAAGCGAAACGUCGCUCUUGCAGACGACGAGGAUCGUGCGCUCAGAUACAUUCGAAGCUACUGCACCGACUUGAGGACAAUUAGAACGGCCCUUUACAGCAUGGAUUACAUGUAUCAUAAGUCUAGGGAAGUGGGGGGUUUCAAUGCAAUGCUGGAGAUUUUAUCUGCUCGCUUCAGAGGGAUUAAACCCCUUCGAAAGAUCGUUGGCGAGGUUCACCGGAACAACCCUUUCUUCAAGGAUAUGACGCGCGUCAUGAGGCACCACGGAUGGAAAGUCAAGCUAUUGGCGCAAUCCCAGUACCGGGGCACUACGUUUGAGUAG